UAUCGACAGAGUGUGAGUAGCUCCGCUAGCAUUAAAGGUACCCUGAGGAAGAGAGAGGUGCUGCUGUACAUGGCCUUCUGUUUGCUUGGAUUACGAUCAGACGAGAUUGAUUAGGAAUUUUAGCAUUAACACCAGUUGUGUUUAAGGACGGACUUUUACCUCACCUCAUCUCAUCACAGAACUCCAGAGUGGCUGUUCCUGUGUUUCUUGGAUAUUGUACUGUGACUCGUGGACUAUCAACUUCUUAUUGGGCUGAGGCCUAGAUGAAGACAGCCAAUGGCGUGGUGGAGUGAGUGCCAAGGGGGAAGGGGGGUCAGUACGCCCCGUAUCUCACUACCUGGGGUGGUUCUUCUCCUGCUGGGGACUGCUGGACUUAUCUCUCAACUCGUCAGUGCAGGAUCAGGCUGUAUAGAUGGACGUGGGGAUGGACUGCGACGUCACAAGCGGGUGUCAGCAUGUAUGGGGCGGUGGAACGGACACAUUCAGAACAGCAGUUCGUUGUGUGCGCCUGGUUGGAGGGUGUGUUCCUGGUACGAUGGCGAACUCCUCCGGAACAUUUCAUGGAGGGACGCCAUGUCUGUGGGCGGGUGUUAUGCUUUCAAUGCAGCCCAAGAUGGAGGAAGAUGUCGGGAGUGCCGAGAUGACCUGGAGCAGGACGACCUCGCAGGCAUCGGACGAGGAUGUGCCCAUCAGAACCUGGGCCAAACGUCAUGCAUCAGCGGUGGCCGCAUCGAUGCCAGCUGCUGCGUUGACGCCCACUUCCACCGCGCAUGUCAAUACCAACCAGGCCUGGCUACCGGGAUUCUCUGCUGCAAGAUGCCAGUAAAACGUCCCAAGAUCGCGGUGAAGCCCCCAGAGAAGAUGUACGUGUACACGGGGCUUAUCUUCCUGUUGACAUGUCAGGCCACAGGCAUGCCGCCUCCAAGGGUGCAGUGGUACAAGGACGGGGUCCAGAUGGCCAAGAACAACCAACGCAUCUCUGUGCUGUCUUCAGGAGACCUGUUGGUGACACUGGCCAAGAAGUCGGACACUGGGCUGUACACCUGUGAGGUCAUCAACGAGGAAGGCAUUGACAUGGCCAGCUCCUACGUCGUGGUGUCGGAAUAUUCCUCUGGCUGUGCUGACGGCACCACAGAAGGCCUGCACAUGCACCGAGAUGUACAUGCAUGUGCCGGCGAGUGGAAAGGUCAUGUGAAGAAUGGGAAGAGUCUAUGUCAGAAUGGAUGGAGGGUGUGUAAGCCACAGGACCAGUCUAUUCUACAGGAGUUGACGUGGCUGGACAUAUUUGACCUUGGAGGAUGCUACGCUUACAAUGCUGCUAAUAGCAAGGGGAGGUGCAAGAGGUGUACCAAAAACAAGAUGGCAGGAAUUGGACGGCAGUGUGGGUGGCUCAGAUACUCCCAACACUCCUGUCUGUUUCACGGCAGAAUUGACGUAUUUCACCCCAAAAACAACACAGGCUGUGUGUACAAGGAGAACUACACGUCCGGGGUUGUUUGCUGCAAGAAGAAAAAACGAAGACGGCCUGCCUCCAAGAAGCCUGUGUGCAGCCCGACCUGUGAGAACCAAGGCCAGUGUGUGGCCAACAACCGAUGUCAGUGUUCCAUCGGAUACAAGGGGGCUCGCUGCCAGAACCCCAUCUGCAGUCCGGGGUGUGGGACCAAGGGCCGGUGUGUUUCCCCCAACAAGUGCAAGUGUCAUACAGGCUACAUGGGCAAGUUCUGUCGCAAGAAGGUCAUCAAGUGUCAUAAGCCAUGUUUGCAUGGUGGCCGAUGUUCGAGGGGGAAGUGUCGAUGCCCUCCAACACACUGGGGAAAUUCCUGUCAAUAUCUGCUUCAGCAUAUUCUCCUGUCUAAACUGAACCGCACGGAGAGAUGAGAAGCCGGACAAGGAUGCCUGGAUUUACCCCCUCACUGCCACAGGUGUACAGAAGCACGGCGACUGGGACGGAGGACAGACGUGGAGGAGGCCAACUUGGCCCACACUGAUGAUGAAGUAGUUGUUGUUUCUCAAGGAAGGCUCUUGUGUAUAUUGUUGUUUCAUUGUAAAUUGUGAAAACUGUACAUAGACCUGUUGACUAUUUAUAAAGAAAUAUGUUUACCACAUGAUGUAUAUAAUGUUUUAUUAUUUCUACAGUCAUUGCAAAUGGCCCAUCUAUACACACUGUGCUAAUGUAUUUGAAAUCCGCUGUCUACGUGUAGUUUCAUACCAGUGACUAAGAAGGCAUUUGGUAGAUCGUUGAGGCAUUAACAUGUCAGUAACCUAGUUGCUUACUCUCGUAUAUCUUUGGUGUUUUUGACAUGCUACUCAAAUAUUGUAAAGGACAUGUCUGAUCACUGUUGAUGCGAAGUCAAAGAUGUGAGAAACAUAAGAAUGCAAAUUGGAAUAUUUUCUGUACGCUUGGUCCACAAGCUAUAUGUCACCAGUUGAUUGUCCUCAUACAUGCAACGUGGCCUGGUACAAGAUGGCUGCCAGAACGUCUCUGACAAGUCAACAUUAAAGGUGGUCAAGUCUAAGCUGGGAGCUCAUUAUCCUUCAGCAUUCGACAACCAAUAUCCUCAGUUGAGCAAGGAGCUGGACUAGAAGUUGCAGUACUGUUCAGACUAAAAGUUGCAGUACUGUUCAAAUUAGAUUCUGCAGUACUGUUCAGACUAGAUUCUGCAGUACUGUUCAGACUAGAAGUUGCAGUACUGUUCAAAUUAGAUUCUGCAGUACUGUUCAGAUUAGAUUCUGCAGUACUGUUCAGACUAGAAGUUGCAGUACUGUUCAGACUAGAAGUUGCAGUACUGUUCAGACUAGAAGUUGCAGUACUGUUCAGAUUAGAAGUUGCAGUACUGUUCAGACUAGAUUCUGCAGUACUGUCCAUGGGGAGAAUCUUGGCAACACAAAUUUGAUAUCUGCAGUAAAGUAGAUGAUACUAAAUACAAUUAAGUGAAACUGAAACUUAGCCCCAAACAAUUCUCCAUGGUUGAAUUACAUUUUUGCAUCCUGAUUUAUAUUUAAAUCCUCCUUUGAAAUCGCUACAUAAUAUACGACAGCCCCCUGCCUUUCAUCAGGCUCACUCGUCUUGGUUUAGAAACACUGGACUCAACAUGCUUGUUCUUCUAUAUUUAAACAUUUAGGGCAGUUACUGGCAACUCUGGUACAUUGUGUAACUUGAAUUGUUGGUUUUUUCAGUGUUGUGUAUUGCAUUUUGUAAUAUUUCAUUGUUUUAGUCUCAGUGCACAUUUUACAUUUUCAGGCUUUUCUACCCUGAUUAUUGUCUGUGUGUAGAGAUGAUAUGUUACCAUUAUAGUAUACUAUGUGAUAAUAUGACUUAUUGUGUGUAGAGAUGAUAUGUUACCAUUAUAGUAUACUAUGUGAUAAUAUGACUUAUUGUGUGUAGAGAUGGUAUGUUACCAUUAUAGUAUACUAUGUGAUAAUAUGACUUAAUGUAAUCAUAAUGAAUAACUACACUGGUUAGAUGAUACGAUAAACUGUUUCUGACUAGCUACACUGUAGGUGAUGCUUUAGACCAAUGACACUGAUGUACUAUCAAGUAUUACAUAGUAGACCACUAACAAUAUGUUAUAUGCACUGAGACGUUGUCCACAAUGUUGCCCGGAUGUUGUGAAGUGCAGGAACCAGUGAUGCCCCACUUCUCACACACUUCCCCGUAGUUUCCAACUUCAAGUUCCAUGUACCUUAUAUGUCUCAGGAAACAAUUCAUGCAAGAUAUUAUGGGUAUCAGUUUCCCAGUCACACACAAGACACUUGAAAACAAAACACUGAUAGACUAUUGUAUAGAGCUGACUUACAGAUUGCUUCAUUCUUCGAGCUCACAUGUAGUGAUAGUUUGAAACAUUAAAGAGUCUCUUGAUCUAUUUUGUUGUAUUGAUUUGUAUUGCAAUCUUGAUACUCAUGAAUUUCAUUAAUUCAUUUUGUUUAAUUAUUUGUACUGAAGAAUCAUAUAAAAACGUCUACAUAAGAUAAAACCGAGGUUCCAAAAGCUUUUCAUUUGUCCAUGAAGAUUAAAUUGUUUUGGUUUGUAAUCCUAGAUUGUUAUUGGCCUGAACUGCUUGUAGACUUGUAGUGUACAAACUACCUCAGACUAGUCUCGUGUCCUGUGUACAUACGUCAUAUACCACACUGUAUGUUGUCGCUAACACUUGUAGCCACUGCUCACCUCCCAGGGACAUCAACAUCCUUCAUCUUUAUUCUCACUUUGCACUUUCCUAACUGGCAUAAACAAAUUGUCAAGUUAUAAUGUUUCCUUAGCAACACAGAAAGCUGAUCAAGUGUCAUGGAGACACUGUUGAUGUAACAGUAUUGGUAUUUGAUGUUUUUGGAUUAGAAUAUGCUCCUUCAAUGUCCGAUAUUUAGUUCAUUUUCUGCACCAAAUCCGUUGUGAUCACACCAGUACAUCACCAUCCUGUAGGAAUAUGGGUUGUUUUGAGGGUUUGUCUUCAAUGACACUUGUAUUUCAGGAUUCUGUCCCACCAGACCCACCGUUAAUCCCAGUAUUUCCAUUGUCUCUUGGAGGAAUUUGUCUUCUCAGUCCCCAUGUGUAACAAAACAUAAACAAAAUCCUUGUCUUCAUCCAAUGAGAAAGGGCUUUUCUAAGUUGGAUAACUUGUGCCCAAUCCAAUGAAUUCAUGAAGAGGAAAUAUUUCUUUCUAGAAACCUGUUUUUGUUUAAUCUGUCAGUCCAGUAUCUCUUUACCAUUAUAACCAUACAACUGUAUUUCAUAAUUUGAAAA